GGUUUGGGGAAACAGAGCCUUAUUUUUUGGGCUCAUCGUCAAGUGUUGGCGAUGGUACUGUUCGGCUUCUCCUUGCCCUAAAGCAAUGUGUUCUCUUCACUCUCUUUCUUCCGUAGCAAUUUCAUUCAGAACCCAAAAGUACGUAAAUACCCCUCUCGUUCCUCGCUUAUCUUCUAUAGGAUCUCGUAAUAAUCCUCUACCGUUGAGGGCAGCGACGUCAAUUGAUGAAAUCCCUCCUAAUGCCGUUCGCCGGAAAAUAGACCGGGAUUGGAGAGGUGGGUUCAGUCUCGGCGUAGAUUUAGGUUUAUCUCGAACCGGAGUCGCUAUUAGUAAAGGCUACACCGUUAAACCUCUCACGGUUUUGAAAUCGAGAGGACAAAAGCUCGAGACCAGGCUAUUAGAAAUUGCUGAAGAAGAGGAGGUUGAUGAAUUCAUAAUUGGGUUGCCGAGAUCUUCUGACGGGAAAGAGACGAUUCAAUCGAACAAAAUCCGAUCUGUUGCUGGACGUCUCGCUGUUCAAGCCGCCGAGAGGGGUUGGAGGGUUUAUGUAUUUGAUGAACAUGGAACAACAUCAGAAGCUUCAGACAGAAUGAUUGUAAUGGGACUUAGUAAGAGUGAAAGACAGAACAGAUCAGAUGCUUACGCUGCUGUGAUAUUGUUGGAGAGGUAUUUCUCUACACAAGGUUUAGGAGUUGAGAUUAUACUUCCCAAGAGUUUAGAGCUUCAAGCGAAGAUCAAGAACGGUGCACCUGUUGACCCCGACUUUAAUCCGGAAAACCUCGAAGAGUAUUACACAUUCUAAAGUAGUUUUGCUUUGUGGAAUUCUUGCAAUUUUAAUGGUUUCGAUUCGUUUCACGCAUACAUCAGUAUAUAAACACAGCAAUAAGUUUCUGUUCAAGACCUUGUUAGUUGUUACAGCACAUGAUUGACGAUUUUGUGGAAAGCCAAACUAAAGAUCUGAUUUUUUGUUUC